AUGCCUAAAAAAGUUACUUAUUAUAAAAGCCUAAAAGUAAGUUAUAUUAAGUUUAAAAGUAUUUAUAACUUAAAAAGCAGUUUCUUAAUUAAAAUAUAUUAUAGCCUUAUAAUUAAAAAAAUUUCUUUAAAUACUAUUAUAAAGCAUAUUAUAUUAGUUUAA